UGGCCUGAUCUUCCGUGCCUCGACCUCUGCAGCUCCGCGUCCCUCACAGACUCAUCAAUUGCUCUUCGCCCGGGUCAAUUGGUAUCUCCGCAGCUCCACCAUGUCUUUCAUCAGGUCAACCACGCUUCGUGCGUCCUCAAUUGCCCGGUCGGCGCGGUACAUCCGCAGCUCCGAGGUCGUCCAGCCGUUGCAGCGCGCCGUCCAGCGCAGGACGUACGCCUCGGCACACGGCCACGGCCAGGCAAAGAAGAGUGAUCUGCCAUGGAUCGUCUCCUCCCUCGCCGGAACAGGCGCCGCUCUUUAUGUCGUUCUGAACCAGGAUCUGAGCCACGGCUCGCACGAGGAGGAGGAGCAUGCGCUGCCCGACAAGUUGACCACCCAGCCCGAGGAGGCCUUGAACGACAAGCACGACUCGGAUCUAUCCUCCGUGGACCCCAAGCGUGACAACGCGGCGGCUGGCGGCGCCACCGUGGACAAGGAGGCAAAGAACGCCUCAAAGGGCGCCACGGAGGAGGAGCUCGAGGGGGAGAAGAACUCGGGCCGAGCGGCAGACAUCAAGGAGGAUCUCGCCAAGCAGAAGGGCGACGAGUCUCCCCACGCCACCGCCGAUGACAAGUCAUCCAACUCUCCCGAUGACAAUGACACGCCCCACUCGCGCAAGCCGUCUGGCGACAGCACCGACACGUCCGGCAAGCAGGAGGGCUUGUCCAACGCGGAUACUAAGCACACCUCCGCGAUCCACGAUGAUCCCGAGAAGAGCAAGAAGGGCGAGGGUGUUGCUGAGACCGCGAAGCUCAAGGGUACCGUCUCUACCGAGCGACCGGGCGCCGAGAGCGACCAGCGGGGAAAGGCUAAGCAGGACAAGGACGAAAAGGACGAAAAGGACGAGUAGGGUGACAACUGAAAAUGUCGCGCUUGUCUCUCACCUACCUCUACCCGCGGGCAACUGGUCGAUCGCCCUGUGUAUAUUGCGAGAUCUGCACCAGCCGUUAAUUCAGCCUUUUAUUCUUCCAAGAU